UCGACGCAUGAUAAGCAGCGCCGACCGAGGGGCAAGAAGGCACGACUUCUUUCAUCGGUCAACCGAACGAAGCCGGAAUUUUCACAUGACGAACCCGCAACAAGCGCACCCGGAACCGGACCUCCCCGACCCUCCCCCGCCGUCGAUCCGCACGCAACGGGGGACCCCGCGCGUCCCACUCGUCGCCACCCCGACCGCCGGCGCCAGCCGCAAGAUCGCCAUCGCCGUCGACCUGAGCGACGAGAGCGCCUACGCCGUGCGUUGGGCCGUGCGGGACUACCUCCGCCCGGGCGACGCCGUCGUCCUCCUCCACGUGAGGCCGACCUCCGUCCUCUACGGCGCCGACUGGGGCGCCGGGAGCUCCCCCUCCGCCGAUCACCUCUCCGGGGAGGAGGAGGAGAAGCUGGAGUCCGACUUUGACAGCCUCACGGCGGCCAAGUUGGACAACCUCGCGCAGCCGCUCGUGGAGGCGGGCAUCCCAUUCAAAAUCCACAUAGUGAAGGAUCACGACAUGAAGGAGAGGCUGUGCCUGGAGGUGGAGAGGUUGAGGCUGAGCGCGAUGAUAAUGGGCAGCCGAGGGUUCGGCGCGGCGAGGAGGGCGGGCAAGGGGAGGUUGGGGAGUGUGAGCGAUUACUGCGUUCAUCACUGCAUAUGUCCGGUGGUGGUGGUUCGGUUUCCGGAGGAGGAAGGUGGCAGGAUGGGGGUGGCGGAGGAGGGAGGAGAGGACGGGGAGCUGGAGUUGCAUCCGGUGCCGGAGGAGGAGGAUCUGGAGGAUGCCGAUGCUUCCGACGAGCAUAAAGAUUUGUAAGGAGUAAAUUCUGCUCCUGAAUGUCUUCUCAGUCUCAUGUCAGAAUCUCUACGGUGUAACUAAUGUAUGGAUCUAGGGAGACACCUACUCAGACUCACAUUACUAUUGUCUGGUGAACAGGGCACUUCCUCUAAUUCGUCCUUCCUAUCUCCUGUUAAGGCUCUUCAUAAUCUGUUGAAAGUUGACUUCGAGGCGAUGGCAAGUUCAAGAAUAUUGUACAGAUGAGCACAGUUGAUCUCCUUUCGCAGCUUUGCUUUCUUCUCAUGGGGGCCGAAAAGCUGCGUGUUUAUUUCAUGAUGUGCUUGAAAACAUGGUCCCUGAAAGUCUGUUCCUUAAGAAUAUUUCUCAGUCAGUCUUUGGAUGUAAAAAUACGACUUUGGUGAUUUUUCGCUUCUGUUAUAAUAUCAAAGAAAAAGCAGCAAGAGAUUUCCCUUUUCUUAGACAGUUUACACCGGCCUAUCAUGAGAGAAGUCCGGAUUUGAGAAAACAGGAGGGGCACACCACUUCUCAGUGCUUCCUAGAACUGUUUGCAUAAUUUGAAACU